CUCUUUCUUGGGGCGGUAUCUCUAAUGGAGACCUGUACCAAGACAGUGGCGGGGAGUGAGUAUUCAGAGUUACCAAGACAACCGUGGGCGGGGAAGCGCUAGGAACUGCCAAUGAAAUCGCAGCAGAGAGCCAAUCAAUUUGUAAGAAUUGAGGCGGCAAAGUUGUAAAGGCUGAGGAUGGCGGAGGCAGCUGGUCGGCUGCUGGAAGCUUUGCCACGUGUCCUGUGUGUGGAUGGGCGGCACAGAGAGGACAGCGAUGGAGAAGCUAAAGUGUUGCUGGAUUAUUCUAUGGAGAGACGGAGGAAGCAGAAAAUGCUCUGUGGGCAACUCCAGGUUUUACGUUUCCUCUUGGAAUUCCUGCAGCAAGCCGACACUGCCAAUUGGGAAGAGACCAGCGCCAAAAGUGCCAGCCAGGAAGUGGAGGAGAUGAAAGGCAAGUGGAAGAGGCUGAAGGCCGAGUAUGAGGAGAAGGUGAAAGAGGUGGAGGAGAUGCUCCCUAUGCUGCUUCAGAGGCUGGAGCUCCUGCAUGGGAAGAGAGAGGCCAUAGAGGAGAUUGUGCGGCGCUAUGAACAGAAGAAGGCAGCUGUGGAGGCUCUGCAAGAAAGCCAGAUGAAAGAGAAGGUGCAGAAGCUACAGGGGGCAGUGCAGAACCAGCAAGUGAAUGUACAGAAGGGCCAUGUUCAUAUCCAGCAGUUACAGGGCACAUUAGAGAAGCUGGAGCAGUCUCUGGAUGGUUGGAUACAGACCGUGAGCCGAGACUCACAGCUCUGCCAUCUCCUUCAGACCCUUCAUGGAGUCUCGGUGGUUAGCAUAGGGGACAGUGAACUCACACUGGAUUUGAGUGUUGAUGAAAAAAGUGAGACCCUUCCGCUUCAAGUAACUCUGCGCUGGACCCCCUCAGGGGACCUGUGUAUAGAGAGUGCAAGCUCCGUUCCUUCUCUGCCCCAAGAUCUGCUGGACGGGUCUGUGUCCCACUUGACUCCUGUUAUCCUGGAGUUGCAGUGCUGGUAUCGAAGUCAGGCCCAGCUGCUGAAGGAGAUUGGGGAGCUGCAGGGCAGGUUCUCUAUAGAUUGGGUUCCUGAGAAGCGCAACCUCCUUUUUCUGAAGGGCAAGAUGCAGUGCACGCUGUACUUAGGCCCUGGCUAUCCACUCAGCAAACAGGUCCAGUUGGUGUCACUAAAAGGAGCUCCACAAGGGAUUGAUCCUGGUACCUGCAAGCCCUCUAUAGAGAAUCCCUCCCUCACUGACUGGCUGGAGUAUCUGCACACAUGUCCUAACAUUGACUGAACCUUGUCUGCAACCAAUCAAAUCUGUGGCAUCUUGUGUGCAUCACCCCGGCCCCAUCCCAACACACAGUCUGUCUGAUUGGUCAGUGUAUGCUCAGCUAUGCCCACUUAUUGGACAUACUGGACCAGCUGUUUGCAUUAUAUUAAUAAAUAUUAUUUCUCUAAUUUUUCUUUGCUUUUAAGGGAUAAAGUGACUCUCUGUGCUGCCCAUUCUCCCCCAUCCAAGCUGUUGGCUAGGGAGGGGGCGCGACUAUACUUGUAAUUGCCAUUUUAGUGUUGCGGGAAGCUACAGACCAUCAGCUGAGCGUUUAUAUAAAAAAUAUAUUGAAAGAAA